UACGGAUCUGCUGGGCAUCUCAUUCAAUUUCAUUGCACUUUGCCGCACUUUGCACAUUUUUGUACAAUUUUAUUCGUUUUUGUUGGUAACAAGCCUUGUGAAAAUUUGAACCGCAAACAUGGGUGAAGGUGCUGAAGAACCUCUAAAGAAGAAACGUCAGUUUAAGAAAUAUACAUACCGCGGUGUGGAUUUAGAUCAAUUGCUCGACAUGCCUGCAGAGCAGUUGACUGAAAUCAUGAGUUCCCGUGCUCGAAGACGUUUCAAACGUGGAUUGAAACGUAAACCGAUGGCUUUAGUUAAGAAGUUACGUAAAGCCAAGAAAGACAGCGUUCCAGGGGAGAAACCUGAUGUUGUGAAAACUCAUUUGAGAAACAUGAUCAUCGUUCCCGAAAUGGUAGGCUCAAUCGUUGGUGUUUAUAAUGGAAAAACCUUCAAUCAAGUCGAAAUUAAAGCGGAAAUGAUCGGUCAUUAUUUGGGUGAAUUUUCUGUCACCUACAAACCUGUGAAGCAUGGACGACCCGGCAUUGGUGCCACCCAUUCGAGUCGAUUUAUUCCUUUAAAAUAAUCUUAAUACCGUUUUUGUUAACUGUGAUCUAGUUCAUGUUUUUUAUUAUGACGAAUUAGAGUUCCUCGUUUUUAAAUUUCUAA